AUGGAUAUUAAGACCUUGCUGAACAAUCUUCAUGAUGAAGUAUCCUGUUCUGUGUGUAUGUGUACAUUCACUGAUCCAAAGCAGUUGCCUUGUUUGCACAGUUUCUGUCUUCACUGCCUGAACGGAAUUCAACGAACGAGCGGCUUCCAUGGCAAAAUUACAUGCCCCGAGUGCAGAAGACAGUUUCAAAUCCCUGGAAGUGGAAAUCCCAGCGAACUUCCCACCAAUUUUCGUAUCAACAGUUUGCUAGAUGUCUUGGCAAUAAAAGAAUGCAGUACAGCUAACGUGAAAUGUGGAAACUGCGACAAGCGGAGCGCCCAGACCUUAUAUUGCUUCCAGUGUUGUUCUUUCUGGUGCGAAGAAUGUAUGUUAGGACAUAACAUAAUACGCACCAAUAAAGAACACAGAACGCUGGCACUGAAGGAUUUUCAAGAUCAUGACAUCGAGGCCGUGUUAAAGAGACCGGCAUUUUGUCAAGAAAAUCGACAUGAAAAAGAAGAGUUGAAGCUCUUUUGCAAGGACUGUGAAGUCGCAAUUUGUAACAUUUGUGCUGUAACACUCCAUGAUGGUCACGGAAAGAUGCUUUUGGAAGAAGCUACAGACGCGCGCAAGACUCAGAUCAACUCCAUGACUCAAACUUUAAUAGAAAAAGCACAAGAAAAACGAAAAGAACUCGAGCAAUUGAACCAAAAGAGCGCGGACAUUAAACUGCAAGUUGCCGACUUUAAAAGCCAAGUGCAGACGAAUGUGGAUCAAGUUACUGCAAUCAUCGAAGCGAGGAAACAGGAUGUUUUUGAUGCAGUCGAUAAUGAAGCGAAAAAAUCACUGGAAUCUUUCUCACAGAAAAAAGACGAAGUUGAAAAUCAACUGAAAUUAAUUGAAUCGGCUAUUGAACAAACUAAAGCUCUUGUAAAACAAAGCUUUAGUACUGAAAUCCUUGGAUUCAGUGAAACAUUUGAUGCAAUCCUUCAGGAACAGGGCACCCAAGGAAACCGUGACACUGAAUGUAUUCCUCGGUUUAGUUUCACUAAAAGUGAAAAACUGAUUAACGUGUUGAACAAUGAAGGGAUAGGUAAUGUAAAAAUUGUUUUAAGCGAAACUAAAGUGCAAAACUCAGGAGCUAAAGGUAAAGAAAGUAGUAAAGCAAUUGCUGGGAAUAAAGGGGCAAAUGUUUGUGACAGUCCUUUUAAGGCUCAGGUACAAACCAGGCGCUUCAGAUCUGUGCUGUCAUUUGGACAAAAAGGUGAGUCUGUUGGAAUGCUUAACGUUCCCUAUGGGGUGGCAGUGAAUGAUAAGGAUGAAAUUGCUGUGACUGAGUACUCGAACCACAGGGUUUCAGUGUUUAGUAGUGACGGUACCCACUUAAGAUCGUUUGGUAGGAGGGGUCACAAUAAUGGUGAGUUUGAUCUCCCUAGAGGGAUCGCUUUUGAUAGUCAUGGCAAUAUUGCCGGCGCAGACUGUUUUAACCACAGGGUGCAAGUCUUUGAUAGGAAUGGUAACUUUCUUAGUAAGUUUGGUGAAAAAGGAAGUCGUGAUAAUCAGCUUGAAUUCCCUCGAGGUUUAUCAAUAAACGGCAACGGUGAUAUUAUUGUUGCUGAUGCCGGUAACAAAUUAAUCAAGAUAUUCUCCUCAAGUUGCAACUAUUUGCGUAAGUUUGGUGGAGCAGGUUCAUUGGUCACUCCCAUUCACUGUAUCCAACAUGGUCAAUAUUUUAUAGUCUCAGAUUACGGUGAUCAUUCCAUUAAAAUGUUUGAUCUUGAGGGAAAAUUUAUUUCUAAAUUUGGAAAACAGGGUAACAAAGAUGGAGAGUUCAAUGAGCCCCGUUUCUUGUCAGUUAACAAAGAAGGAUUGCUAAUGGUCUGUGAUUUAAAAAAUCACAGAGUUCAAGUAUUUGAACUGAGUGGAAAGUUUGUUACAAAAUUUGGAAGUGAAGGUAGCGGGAGAGGAGAGUUGAAGAAUCCAAUUUCUACAGCAAUUCUUAGUGAUGGAAGAAUAGUUGUGUGUGAAUUGAAUAACCAUCGAAUCCAGGUAUUUGAGCAAACAUGAAAUAAUCUAUAACCUGCGAAUAAAACCGUCUUUCCUCGCUCCUCGUCGUUAGGGACCUUUCGCGGAAAACAUCUCUGUCGCAAAACUUCGUAAUAGCAGCGAUGAGCGAGGAGAGUCAUGAUCAGCUGUAUUCGCAGCGGGCUACAAAUAAUCGUACCUUUGAGAUUCAGUUCACUAUUAUAUAUUCCGAUCAUUAAUCAGCACCGUUCAUGUUUCGGGAGGAAAUCCAUUUUGUGCGAUUAUUUUGUUUAGACAUUUUGAUAUGUUGAAAUUGGUGUUUUAUGUUCUACUUGCAAAUACAUUUUGCCCCAUAAAUGAUAUGGAUUUCCACUGUCGGGUAAAAGUUGAGUUUUCGCCGGCGCGACCAUCCUUACAUUGCCUCUAUAAUAUUUACGCCGUAAAUGUAAUACUUGGAAAAAAAACUGCAAUAGAUUGACUAGUUCUACAGUUUAUUAUUAUGAAAAAAAAAAUUCUGUUACAUUUUAAGCUCACAUUAUUACUAAUUUGUAAUUAUUUAUCUUUAAACUCUGUUCAAGAUUUAGAUACAUUUUUGAAAGUGUGUUUUUUGAAUGGGUUGUUAUCUGUUCAAUAAGCGAGGACAGCCUGAUUGGUUCACAAUUUUUUAACUACAAGGCUUAUUUUUACUUAGGUUUUACCUGUAGUAACAGACGUACAUAUUUCUCAAAAAACAAAAUGCUAUUCCCUUUGUUAAUAACUCAAGUGGAUUAUGUUUUGUCUAAAUAAACAAUAGUGUUAGUAAAUGCUUUGUUCCUUGUAUUCAAUGUCUCCUAUAAUCAAGGGCGGAUUUAGGGGUGGCCGAGGGGGCCGCGGUCACCACUUUUUCUUUGAAAUAUAGAAUUGUUUUUUUAUAGAAUUCUCAGCAAAAUAAAUAAAGGCAUUUGUCCCGGCCACCCCUUUCUGAAUUUUCUGGACCCGUCCCUGCUAAUGUGUGCCAUAACGUGCGACGGAAAGUCGACAACGCCACUUAACAGUCUUGCUUCUUGAGUUUCGCGUUUAAGAGAAAUACUACAGAAAAAAAACUUAGCAGUGACGAUGGAUAUUGGUGAAGGCCGCCUGUCCUCACAUUUUGUCUCAUGAAUGUGCCAUCCUUGCUCUCCUAGAUACCUUUUCAAAGGGGUUUACAGGAAAAGCCCUUUGAGGCUUUUCGUCGAGUUGAGAUAUAUAUUGCGGCCGAUUUAAGACGACCUCACCAAACUCCAGAUACGUAUAAUUAUUCAAACUUCUUUAGGGCGGCUUGUGCGCUUUGACAUUUUCACUUUGUAACCUGCAAUAAUCCCGGACAAAAGAAGUUGGGAAGGUUUUGGAUAUAACAAAACAAUUACGCGCACAAACACUUUAGUUUUGUAUAGCAUUGGGAAUAGACUGCAAAAAGUCGGAUUUGUUUUUCUCAAAAUCGAUUUAGCGUAGUUUUAGCUUUUCUCCCCAGUCUCGCCCUCCGUGUUCAGCCUGGCUCUAGACCUUUUUUUCGACUGUCGCGCGGCGUACUUGAAUACGCAAAAAUAACGUGACUGUUUUGCAGUCUACAUUGGGGAAGGGGCAGAGGAAAUAAGGGGAAAAGAGUUAAAAAAUAGUAUCCUCCCUACACAAUUUUGAUGAUUGUCCCACUCAGGGUUUUAGUUGCACCCAACAUUCCUUUUUAAGCUCGCUAUCAAAUAAAUGCCGUUUACAUGCCUUGAAACUGAAGUGGGAAGGUGUUCUUUGUUUAUGACGAUCGAAAAUUUGUAAGACAAGCGAUGAAGCAAAUGAACCAAUUAGAGCCAGGGAAUUAACCGAAACUAUUUCAUGAUUGCAGGUUUUAUUGCAAUAAUCUGUUCUAAUUGAAGCUCCUAUUUCUGACUUUGUUUUGACUCCUGUUUUCACUCGUGCCCAGUCGUCUUUGCAUAACACGCGGCGGGAGCAGGGGGUGAUCACACCCCUUAGGCCACUAAGGAGAGACAGAGAGACAGAGACGACCGGGGACGGGGCAGCAUCCGCUUAAUUUUUAAACAACAACAACAACAACAGCGACAACAGUUUAUCCAAUUUGAAAAUAAUUUAUGACCGUGUUACCCACAAUUAGCGAAGCUAUUCCAGGUGGGUACCACUGAUAAAACAAUAGUCUCCUUGAGUAAAUACAAAGUUCUAAUUCAAUUCAAUUCAAUUUAAUUAUUCACACUUUAUGGUCCUGCUGUAUGCAGUUCGCUGCAUUGUGGGACUCGUUACCUUAUAGCAGUCCUAGCACACCCGAUGGCUCAGGUGCCCCGUUGGGCGGAGAGCGUUUCCGGGGGGCCAGGUUCGAUUCCUGGGCGAUUUUGGCGUACUGGUGUACCCUCCUUCAGACGUUCCUCGGCAUAGCCAUUGUACUCUGGCUUUGUUAAGUAUCGGUGAUGUCGCUCGGCCAUUGCACUUCUUGACCAUUGCACUACCGGCUCCUGGCCGUGCGCGCCUGAAAAAAACAAAGCAAAACAAAAAAAAGCUUUAUAAAAUAUUAACAUUGUGUAUAGUAAGGUAAGAAUACACUAAUAAAGUAGAAGAAGAAGGAAAAAAGAAAGAAAAUUAAUGGCUUGGGUAGAAGUGUACGGUGGUCAGAGGAGCUUAGCUUUUGAGCUAAACGCCGCUAUAUUAUGAUUGGAAAUACAAAAAAAAAAAAGAAAGUGCGUAAAGCAAAUUGUAGCGGCGUUGAGGGUCCUUCCUGUUCAAAGUUGACCGACCAGGCCUUUCUCUUCCUCUAAAAGAGUUUCUUCUUGAUCUCACCGGACACGUGUACACCACUUCACAGCGGUCAAACGAGUGAAAUUUGCAAAAGUUAAGCGAAAUACUUCAAAGUUAAGGUUGCUACUUUCACUAUCGAAAGUUUAGGGUAUUACCAACAUCCUGUUAGUUUACUAAACUUUUUAAAAGUUUACUAAAAAAGUUCUAAGUGAUUGAAAACCGAUGCUGACGUUAUUAUCGGCGCCAUUUUCAAACAUGAUUCUCUUUUAGCGCGAAGCGUUUUCAGCGAAAAAAGCUCAAAAUUUUGAGAAAAAUGGAAAGAUAGUUAUGUUGACUAACUGAUUUAUACAUCUUUGCCCAUUUUUCUCUAACUGGUAAAUGAAAUCCCAGCAAAAAAAAAAACAAAAAUAACGAUUUAGACGUUUGACCGCGGUGUGGUACACCACUGACAUCUUAACACUAAAACGCCCCUAGCUGACAGGAGCGAGGAGAGAAGGCUGUGUUCGCGAGUUAGAGAAACCAGACGAAGUGCUAUAAGUCUAGUGGCAGAUCAUAGGACAAAAAAUAGUCUUCGUUUCCUUGGUCAGUACAGUGUCAGUCGGCGCGAAAUCACACCCAGUCUAUCUGGCGAUAAUCCAUUCAAUAAUCAUACAUGCACAAAGUUGACUACGCACGGCAAGAACUUGUUUGACAGCUCAAAACGAUAUGUCGCUACAAAGACGGCCUCAUUCCAACUGCAGAAAUGGAACACUUCGUAGUUAGUUUGAAUCAUUCAGACUGUGGCUGUUUAAAAACUGAAUCUACUGAAUUGAAAAACAAAAGCAAGGUUUAGUCGAUGUAGUCGAUGUAACUCUUUGUACGGUUCGUGCGAAUUAAAAGUUCUGAUAACGUAUUCAAAAUAUAUCAUCAACAUCUUUUGAAUAUACACCGAGGGUUUUAUGUCGAGGGUGAGCCCGUUUAAUUAGGUGAUUAAGGACGUCAAUUUUACUGAGCCAUUACUAUUUUUAGGUUCUCCGCCUAGGUAUGUUUAUGAAUCUGCUAUACUCGCUUAUUUGCUUCAAGCUUUAUUUUUUUACAGCGUGUUUUCAGCUUAUUAGCUUCACUACUUAAUAAUUAAAGGCUUUUUUUAACUAUGUAAGUGAAUUUGAGGCGAGCCAACAAACACCAACUAAAGCAAAAGAAGCUCUCCCCCUCCCCUCCCUUCUUCUCACGUCUUAUAAAGGUUACUCUCUCUUUGCCCCUACCCACCCCUCCUCUCUGUUCCUAGGCCACCUACCCAUCUCUUGACAUUUUACGCAAAGUAAAAGCCUGUAAAUACAGUCGUCUAUCCUCGCUCCACUCUGGUCUUGGACGUUAACCUAGCGGCGCAGAGCGAGGAAACUGAGAGAGCAGCAUUCGCAGGCUAGAAAAGUGGCAGGUAAACAGUAAAUACUUAAGUAAUAUGCCGGUUUUGAUAAUAAUCAUAAGAGGUUUUAACAUUAACACUUACAUCCUGGUACAAGUCGCUUUAAUUUACUGUUGUGAUCGCUGCUGACUGAGACACAAAACCUCAAUUGACAACUGUCAACCUCAUACUCAGAGCUAUUGGUCAUUUUACACCCUAAAAACAUGGUCUGGAUAGGGUAUUUUCGGGAUCCUGGAUUUGACCAAAAUACGGUGCGGGAUUUAGGAAAAACACAAAAUAUCUUGGCGGGAAACGGGAUUUUAUUGCUACCCGGGAAGCGGGAUUCACAAAAAUUUAGGACGUGGGAUGUGGGAUUUUUUCCCCUCUCUGUCGGGAACGGGAAAUUAUGAUGACUCAAUAUGCGUUCUUGCGGCAAAUGCGAUUUAACAAGGCGAGCGUUCAGUUGUGCUCCUAUCAACUGAGUAAAAUAUAUAAAGUGAUCUGGUUAAUGAUUGUCUAACUGAAAUGUUCAGAUAGUGAACAGACGAGCUGAGCGGGCAGAAGAACCACUAUUUCAACCAGAUGCCAAGAAAGUGCGCGUGGUGCAAUAGCAGUAGUCUAGUUAAUGAAAUUUUCCUUCUGUUCUAAAAAAACGCCUGAUCGCAGGUUACCUUAAGUACAUUCAUAGUUUUGGUGUCGUUCUUUUUUACAGCCACAGCCGAGUCUGCUAGCGCCAGAAAAGCCUAUUCCAGAGGUCCUCCAGUCUAUUUUGUGCCACCUUGGAACAGGCUAGCGCCAGAAGUAACGCAGCGAACCAAAAAACUACAUUUUUUUAAUCCCGCUACACAACGAACACAAAGAGCUGUAGAGAUUCCAGAAGCAGUUUAAAAAACGUCAGGGAGUUAAGGUGAUGUUACACGAUGAUGAUCAGCGCAACGAGGAUUUUUAGCGAAAUGCAGCAUUACAACAUUGCUGCGACAUUGUUUCGAAUGGUUGCAACAUUGUUUCAACAUUCCAAUGCUGUGUUACGUGUUGCGCGAAAAAUUGUCCUUACGAAUCGACUCGUGUAGCAUUACCCUUACAAAGAGCAAAGGCCUAAGAGACUUUUCUCAAUGAGAACGCCAGUUGUGUCAAUAUGAGUUUGACACACCUAUCCAGAUAUGAGUUUGACACACUUAUCCACUAGGUCGUCCAGGGAAGCCGUUUAAUUUAUGCUAACAAUUCGCAGGUAUUCGAUAGUAACUACGAGUCAGCAAAGAAGGAUCACUAAUGGUCUGUGAUGAAAGAAAUCACAGGGUUCAGGUAUUUGAACUGAGUGGUAAGUUUGUUACAAAGUCUGGAAGUAAAGGCGUAGCUAGAGUGGAGAGUUUAGGAAUCCAGCGUCCACAGCAAAUAUAG